AUGAAUAAGUCAAGGGCUGUUAAUGAUGGUUUUAAUUUCCUCACCAGUAAGAACUGGAGUUCAAACCGAAGCUUCCCUGUGCACAUUUCUAAUCAGUGCAGGAACAUCACUGACCUUACUGUCUUUCUAACCACCUCUUACAGCUUGGAGACUGUCCUAGGCAUUGUUGGAAACAUCUGUCUUAUUGCUGUCAUAGCCAGGCAGAAGGAAAAGGCUAAUGUAACCAAUAUCCUAAUUUCCAACUUAAUAAUUUCAGACUUGUUUAUGUGUCUUGUCUGUCUGCCUUUUACUGUCAUUUACACCAUGAUGGACUACUGGAUGUUUGGGGAAGUUAUGUGCAAAAUGACCUCUUUCACUCAGUGCACAUCUGUGACAGUGUCAAUUCUUUCCCUUGUUCUUAUUGCUCUCGAAAGACACCAGCUUAUCAUAAAUCCAACUGGCUGGAGGCCAAGUAUCUCCCAAGCCUAUCUGGGAAUCGGAGUAAUUUGGAUUUUAGCAUGUCUCAUGUCCCUGCCCUUUUUGACCACAUCCAUUUUGUCUAAUGAUCUGUAUGAGCAGCUCUCCCACAUUAUGAAUUUUUCCACUGAUAAGGCCAUAUGCAUUGACUCAUGGCCUUCAGAGCAACACAGGCUGAUCUACACUACCACUUUGCUGCUCUUGCAAUAUUGCAUCCCACUGUUCUUCAUUAUACUUUGCUACCUGCGUAUCUACUUACGCCUACAGAAGAGAAAGGACAUGUUUGAGAAGAGCGAAUACAGCAGCCGAGCAGUUCAGCUGAGAAGGAUAAAUAUUUUGUUAGCAUCCAUGGUUGCUGCUUUUGCUGUUUGCUGGCUACCACUGCAUGUUUUCAAUACCAUUGUGGACUGGAAUUACAAAAUCAUUUCGCCUUGCCACCAUAAUCUGAUUUUCUCAUUGUGUCACCUUGUAGCUAUGGCUUCUACCUGUGUCAACCCUGUUAUCUAUGGUUUCCUAAACAGCAACUUCAAAAAAGAAGUUAAGUCACUGAUUCUGAGCUGCCAGCAUAAUUCAGUAUCUGCAUCAAUGGAAGAAUAUGAUCAUUUGCCUUUAUCCACCAUGCAAACUGAGAUUUCCAAGGGCUCACUGACAUUGAACUGCAGACACAAUUCUAUCUAG